GCCCUGCGGGAGGCGGCGGUCCCAUGGCGCAGGCCGAGGCGCUGCUGGCCGAGGAGCCGGCGCCGCAGGCUGUGCCCGCCGCCGAGCUACCCAGGAAGGUGUGUGAGGUGGCGCUGAACACGGGGCCCCACUCCUCCAGCCGCCUGACCGCGUCCGGUUUCCGUACUGCCAAGUACCUGACCCACGAGUGGCACCAGCGCCACUCUGAUCUGUACAGCGAGGCCUUCACCGGCUGCGAGCGGGGCGAGCGCAACCGGGCCGAGUCCAAGGAGCUGUGUGCCCGUGCCGCUGCCACUGCUCAGCGCGGCCAGCAGAACUCCACAGCCGCCCUGGGCCAGCGCCUGCAGGACGUACACUUCUGGAAGUCUGAGCUGCAGAGGCAGAUUGAGGACCUGGGUGCCGAGACAGGCCUCCUGGCAGCCCAGAAGCUGCGGCUGGAAAGGGCGCUCGAUGCCACCGCGGUGCCCUAUGCCAUUGCCACUGAUAACCUGCGGUGUCGGGAGAGGAGGCAACCCCCGGACCUGGUCAGUGAUGAGGUGGAACAAGAGCUGCUGAAGGAAGCUGAGCUUAUCAGAAGUAUUCAGGAGCUUUUGAAAACAACUUUGUCGCAAGCUGCUAACCAGAUGCGGCUAAAUCGGGAUCAUAAAGAGAUCUGUGAAAUGGACUUGUCAGACAAAGUUGAGACGUACAACAUUGAUGAUAAAUGUGGCAGAUACAGUAACGAGAGCACCAGCAUCCAGUUCCAUCCUAGUUCAGUGAAGUAUGAGGAAAGUGCUUCAACACCAGAGACAUGGCCCAAGUUCACCCAUGACAACAUCUAUAGGGCAGAACGAGAAAAAAUGGCUUCCAUCAGUCUCCGUGCCUUGAUUGACAGCAUCCUUCAUGAUGUAUUUGAGGACCUGAGGAGACAAUGUGCUGCUGUGAAUGAGGCUUUUGUCAGGCGCUGUGAGGAGCUGGACAAUGCAAAACACAACCUCGAGCAUCAUUUGAAGAACGUGCUUAGGGAGAUUGGGAAUCAAGAAGCGAACAUUGCUGCUCUCAAAAAAGCCAUCAAAGACAAAGAAGCCCCAGUGAAAGUUGCUCAAACAAGGCUGUAUGACAGGUCUUUUAGGCCCAACAUAGAGCUCUGCAGAGACGAAGCACAAUUCAGGUUGAUCAGUGAAGUUGAAGAACUAACGGAGACCAUUGAAUCCCUGAAGCAAAAACUACUGGAAUCUGAACAGUCUCUGAAAAACCUGGAAGACACAAGGAUGGAUUUAGAAAAAGAAAUAGCUGUGAAAAGAAACAGUAUUUUUAUUGACAGGCAGAAGUGCAUGGCCCACCGCAUGCACUACCCUGUUGUUCUUAAAUUAGCAGGUUACUAGGGGUAGUGGCUGUACUAACUAUGCAAAGUCUGGAAGAAAAAUGGAGUCUAGAAUCUUUCAUAUAAAAUAUAUGGAUAAUAUUAUACACAAAAGUACUGUAUUCACUGUAUUUGCUUCUAUUUGGAUUAAAAUGCAUUGGUAUAUUA